CAGAGCCCCGAGCCGUGGCGCGGGCGGCGUGCGGCGCGGUAGCGGUCAUGACGGAGGGCACGUGCCUGCGUCGCCGAGGGGGCCCCUACAAGACGGAGCCCGCCACCGACCUCAGCCGCUGGCGCCUGCGCAGCGAGCGGGGCAGGCAGACGUGGACGUACCUGGCGGGGGAGGAGGACCCCGGCCGCGGGCAGACGGCGCUGGAGGCGCACUCCCUGGGACUGGACCCCGGGAGUUACUUCAGGGACCUGCCCAGAGCCGACACAGCCCGUGGAGGGGCUCUGAACGGGAUGAUGUUUUACGUGGGGCUGCAGGCUGAGGAUGGGCACUGGGCGGGUGAUUAUGGCGGCCCACUCUUCCUCCUGCCAGGCCUCCUGAUCACGUGCUAUGUGGCCCAGAUCCCUUUGCCAGCGGGAUAUAGAGAAGAGAUGGUGCGGUACCUGCGGUCAGUGCAGCUCCCGGAUGGCGGCUGGGGCCUGCAUGUGGAGGACAAGUCCACGGUGUUUGGGACUGCACUCAACUAUGUGUCUCUGAGAAUUCUGGGUGUCGGGCCUGACGAUCCUGACUUGGUCCGAGCCCGGAACAUUCUUCACAAGAAAGGUGGUGCUGCGGUCAUCCCUUCCUGGGGGAAGUUCUGGCUGGCUGUCCUGAACGUGUACAGCUGGGAGGGCCUCAACACUCUGUUCCCGGAGAUGUGGCUGUUUCCUGACUGGGUCCCUGCCCACCCCUCCACGCUCUGGUGCCACUGCCGACAGGUCUACCUACCCAUGAGCUACUGCUAUGCCACCCGGCUGAGCGCCAAGGAGGACCCGCUGGUCCGGAGCCUCCGCCAGCGGGCGAGGAGGGUGCUGAGGUGCUGCUGCCCCCAGGAGCUGUACGUGGAGGACUACGCCAGCGUCGCGUGGCCGGCACACAGGAGCAGCGUGGCCCCUGACGAGCUGUACACACCACACAGCUGGCUGCUCCGCGUGGUGUUCGCACUACUCAACCUGUACGAACGCCACCACAGCCCCAGCCUUCGGCAGCGGGCCAUCCAGAAGCUGUAUGAGCACAUCGCAGCAGACGACCGCUUCUCCAAGUGCAUCAGCAUUGGCCCGAUCUCGAAAACCAUCAACAUGCUUGUGCGCUGGUACGUGGAUGGGCCAGCCUCCGCCGCCUUCCAGGAGCACAUCUCUAGGAUUCCUGACUACCUCUGGCUGGGCCUCGAUGGCAUGAAAAUGCAGGGCACCAACGGCUCGCAGGUGUGGGACACCUCAUUUGCCAUCCAGGCUCUGCUAGAGGCAGGGGCACAACACAGGCCUGAGUUUUCGUCUUCCCUGCAGCAGGCACAUGAGUUUCUCCGGAUCUCACAGGUCCCAGACAGCCCCCCUGACUACCAGAAGUACUACCGCCAGAUGAGCAAGGGUGGCUUUCCCUUCAGCACGCUGGACUGUGGCUGGAUUGUUGCCGACUGCACAGCGGAGGCCUUGAAGUCCAUCCUUCUCCUGCAGGAAAAGUGUCCCUUUGUCACCAAGCACGUCGCGCGAGAGCGGCUCUAUGAUGCUGUUGCUGUGUUGCUGAACAUGAGAAAUUCUGAUGGAGGGUUUGCCACCUAUGAGACUAAGCGUGGGGGGCACUUGCUGGAGCUGCUGAACCCCUCGGAGGUCUUUGGGGACAUCAUGAUUGACUACACAUAUGUGGAGUGCACCUCGGCCGUGAUGCAGGCACUGAAGCUUUUCCAUGAGCGUUUCCCAGACCACAGGGCCGGGGAGAUCAGGUAAGGGUGGCCUUGGCACAGGGUUGUUUGGUCACUGAGCCACGAGUGCUACCUGUUCAGGAGCCAGGAGCUGGGACGCUGCCACAGUGGACACGGAGAGCACGUGGUUGCUGGGGUGGGUGGCUCACUGCAGGGAGGGGACUCUGGAAUAAAACUCAUUUAAUGACGGAAGGGAUUUCCAGUGUUGCUGAAUCCAGUUGUAUGCCUCGAAGUACAGUAGACCCUUGAACAACUCACGGGUUAGGGAUGCCAAACCCCCACACAGUUGAAAGUCUGCAUAUAACUUUGGAUUCCCUGAAAUCCUAACUAUUAAUAGCCUACUGUUGACUGGAAGUCUUUCCAAUAACAUAGGCAGUUGAUGAACACAUAUUUGUAUGUUGUAUUUUUUAUAUAUUGUAUUCUUACAGUAACGUAAGCUGGAGAAAAGGAAACAUUAAAGAAAAUGAUAAGGAAGAGAAAGUACACUUACAGUACUAUACCAUAUUUAUCGGGAAAAAUACGCUUAUCAGUGGACCUUCGAAGUUCAAGUCCAUGUUGU